AUGCCGCGCCGGCAGAAGCAGGUCGAGCUGUCUAAGAAGCUGUCCAUUACUGGGAACACUAUCAUUGGCGACAACAAUAACGUGAUCGCCGGAAGGGCGCCUCAAGUCGCACGCUCACCCCAACAGGAGGUCGAAGAAUGGCUGAUGCGCUGGGGCGGCCCACUACCAGAGUCGGCUGCUGCUGCGUAUCCAUACCUUAUGGAAACCAGUACGGACAAGCUCAUGAAGGAUCAACAGUUCAAGCAAUGUCUUAACUUGGAGGCGUCGACGCUGCUUCUCUGGGGCGACGCUGGAGCUGGCAAGACUACAGCAGUACGACAUGUGUGCAAGCGCCUGCUGGAGGGGAAGAAGGGGAAAGUCACAGUCCUUCUCGUCCGGUUCGACAAAUCAGAGCGAAGACCGCAGACUCUGGAGUGGACUCUCAUGAGCCUUUUGCGACAGCUGCUUGCUCAGCACCAAGACCGCUUCGACUAUGUGUAUGAGUUGUACGAAAAGAACAGCGAACGAUGCCCCGGUGCAGGUGAUACAGCACUUGCUAUAGAAAGAGCAUUUCCGACUGCAGAGAGCGCGUGCAUCCUAAUAGAUGCCAUUGAUGAGUGCGAUGAUCCUAAGCGGGCGAAGUUGCUUGAGCAUAUACGUAACAUUCAGCAAGCCUGCGGGUUUGGCGUCAUCAUCACAGAUCAAAUUGAUGACCGGACAGAAUGCGAAACAACAUUCCCUGGUCGGACAGUAAGGAGAUCUGUGUCCGACCCCGCUGAUAUCGAGCAGUACGUACACCAACGCUUGGGGUCCGGAGAACUACCGAUUGCCGCGAAAGACGCAAGACUGAGAUCAAAGGCAGCAGACACCGUGAUACAGGAGUCACGUGGGGUUUUUGCCUUCGCUCAAAUCAAUUGCAGCUUCCUGGAGGAAAGACGGAGUAAAGACGAAGACCAACUCGACUCGGAUCUAGACACUAUCUCAAGCCGAACUCCCGCUUCUCCAGCGUAUAUCAAGCAAGUCCAGGUGAUGUACCAACGUUACCUCGAGCGUCUCGAACCUGGGAGCCACGACAACAACUUGGCGAUCAGAGCUUUCCGCUGCAUUCUAGACGCACAAAGGCCGCUCACGGAAGGAGAACUCUGCCAUGCGGUGCUCUGGGCCAUGGAGAACCCGAACACCAACACGCCACCAACCUGGCCCGAUGUUCGACAAAGCUGUCUGGGUCUCAUCGAGCUUCACAACGUCGGCAGCGGCGUCUCAGUUGUGCGUCUCAUCCAUCCGGCGCUUCGCGUGCUUCUCGAGUCGCGUCAGCAAACGCAGAGCUUUGCGGAUUACCUUCCGCAAAUUACACUUGGUGUGGCUUGCGCUCGGUAUUUGGCUCGUUCAGUCUUCGACUCCGGACCGUGCUUAGAGGAAGGAAAUCUUGAGGCUCGGCUAAAGAAGUAUCCACUUCUGAUCUAUGCCGCUAGGCACUGGAGUGAUCAUUGGAGGCAUCAAAGCAAUGCGAAUCCAAUGAUGGGGUCCUUCCCCAAAGCGGCAUUGGGAUUCUUGCGAAGCGACGGCAAUGUGGAAAGUGCCGCGCAGGUGAACGAAUUGCACGAUCCAGUGGCUCGUGCUUUGCUGCAGGCGUCACAACACGGCGCUCAGAACAUCAUCGGAACGCAACUGUUGCCUGUGGGUACUAAAAUGAGAAAGAGUCCGCUGAGACUGAACCAACGCACAGGUAUGCACAUUCUUUGUGAGCACGGCAUCCUUGAGCUUGCAAAAGAGCUGCACCACAGUGACCACACAGAUCGCCUUGUGCGUAGGCCUGAUGCUGAUGGCCGCACUCCGCUGCAUUUCGCCGCAAACUCUGGACAUCGCGAGCUGGUCGAGCAUCUGUUGAGCAACAAGGCGGACAGGAACGAGAGAGAUCAUGAUGAGCAAACCGCCUUUAUACUUGCCUGCCGAAACGGACACACGACAGUAAUUGAUGCGUUGUUCCAAGGAGGUGACGAACUUGAUACAGCAUUAGGACUCCAUAAUGCGGUAAGAGGACACCACGUCGAAGUUGUCAAGCAGCUCCUGGACAGACAGUUGCCCGCGGACGAACUUAAUGCGAAAGGCUUCUCGCCAUUGCAUAUCGCAGCGCUGGAUGCGAAUGUGAUCAUGGUUGAGACGUUGGAGCCUCGUGCGACAAAGGGUCACAUGGCUGGAUGCGACCCACAAGGGAACACCGUCAAUCCUCAGUGCGCGAACUAUGGACUGAAUGCAUUGCACCUGGCAUGCAGAAACGCUAGAGGCGCAGAGACCGUCAAGUGUUUGCUCGAAGCGUGGGGCCGCGAGUUCUGCAAUAUCCGCGACAAGCGUAAUCGAGCACCUCUUCACAUUGCUAUCAAGUACUCCGCUGGCGCAACUGUCCAGUACCUCCUUGCUGAUAACGGAAGGGAUGUCGCCAUCGAUGUCACGAUUCAGGACGACAGAGGGAGAACGCCAUUAAUGCUGGCUAUUAAAUAUUGCUACCUCAGCUUCGUCAAUACUUUAUGCGAUCACAUCUCGCAAGCAGUAGCGGCUUCCAAAUCACUGGAAUGGGAUCUACCGGAUGUCAACGGCCAUAAUGCUCUCGAUUACGCCGGCAUGUAUGGCACCGAUCCUAUCCGUGAAGCUGUCAGGAACCUUAAGAGGACCACAACUGGCAGACAUUCCCGAGGCAGACCGACAACAGCGCGUACAGGCUCGGCAAGAUCAGUAUUGCAGAUUGAUGUCCUGUCGCCGCACGCUGAUGGGAAGAACUACACGCAAACGCUGAGUCCAACCGAUCUGCCACCCGAAAAAGGCAGACGGCACUGGCGCUUUCGCUCCCAGUCGAGCUCGAAAAGUUUUGCAUCCGCCGCUUCGGGUACCGCCAGCCCAACAAGCGAAGCUGGCUCGUCGCCCACCCAAGGUGAGAGUCCUCGAAGACGACAGCUGCAUCUUCGGCAGAAGGCGAGCAAUGCAUGGAACAGCCUUCUCGGGAACAAGAAGCCUCAAGACGCCCCAGGGUGA